CUCUCCCAACCAUGUCGUCCCGGGAUCGCCGAGCAGAAUUCUUCAUCAAAACGGAGCCAGCCUCCCCGGACAGUCUAGCUCAACAUAGUCCAAGCGGUUCAUCUGAUACCAGUGCCAGCGGGCCUCCCCAAGAACAUGAGAGUGCAGGACCACUGCCUGCUGGGACAGGGGUGUCCCGUCGCCGCCACGACGAUGAUGCAGAUGACCCCCCAGGGCGGGGCAAAUACAUGCUGAGUUCCAUGCCCAAACGGCUCUGCUUGGUGUGCGGGGAUGUCGCCUCGGGGUAUCACUACGGCGUGGCGUCGUGCGAAGCGUGCAAGGCAUUCUUCAAGCGAACCAUACAAGGCAGCAUUGAGUACAGCUGUCCAGCCACCAACGAGUGUGAGAUAACAAAGCGGCGUCGGAAGGCGUGUCAGGCAUGUCGUUUCACCAAGUGCCUGCGCGUGGGCAUGCUCAAAGAAGGGGUACGUCUUGACCGAGUGCGAGGAGGGCGACAGAAAUAUAAGCGCCGGCCUGAGGUGGAGGGUGCCACCUACCCCAGUGCAUUUGUCACCCCACAGAUCGCCACGGCAACUGCCAAGAAACCAGCUCCGAUGAACACAAUGGUGUCACACUUGCUGGUGGCAGAACCCGAAAAGCUGUACGCCAUGCCUGACCCCGCGCUUCCUGAUGGACCUGCCAAGGCUGCGAGCACUUUGUGUGACCUGGCUGACCGGGAGAUUGUGGUUAUCAUUGGCUGGGCCAAAAACAUACCAGGAUUUCCAGCGCUCUCCUUGGCAGACCAGAUGUCCGUCCUGCAGAGCGUAUGGCUGGAGGUAUUGCUGCUGGGAGUGGCCUGGCGCUCGCUGCCCUGUGAAGAUGAGAUUGUCUUUGCGGAGGACUUUGCAUUAGAUGAGGAAGCGGCUCGGGCAGCUGGGCUGCUGGAGCUCAGCGGUGUGGUCCUACAGCUGGUGCGCAAAUACCGGGCCCUGCGUCUGGAGCGGGAAGAAUACGUGCUUCUCAAGGCCUUGGCGCUUGCUAAUUCAGACUCUGUGCAUAUUGAAGAUAUGUCUGCCGUCCAACGGCUCCGGGACGUGCUCCAUGAGGCGCUGCUGGAAUACGAAGCGUCACGGCGUCCUGAGGAACCCCGCCGCGCCGGACGCCUCCUCCUCACCCUGCCCCUGCUACGCCAGACGGCCACCCGCGUCCUCCACCAUUUCUACAGCCUCAAGCUGGAGGGCAAAGUUCCCAUGCAUAAGCUUUUCCUGGAGAUGCUGGAGGCCAUGAUGGACUGAAGGAUCGGCCGUAGGGGGCAGGAUGGGGGAACGGGUGGGGGGAAAAUGAAGGUCCUGGGAGUGCAGCACAGGCAGGGAUCAGGUAAAGGAAGACAAGGAAACGGACUUAAGACCUGGAUUGAAGCUCCUCGUCCUGCCAAAUCCCUGCCGGCAUCCAUCUGCAUAUGUUAGUACAUUUCAAAAUGUAUGCAAACAUAAUAACCGUCCACUGCUUUGCACUGAGGUUAAUGGGAAUGGACCCAGCCAUGAGAAAUAGCUGUUUUUAAAACCAGGCUAUAAGAAAACCUUUCCCGUAUGUAGCGGCGGGACUGGGGUGGGAUGUGGGGAAAGUCUGGACAGUCACACUGGAAGCCAUAUUUUAAUUUAUUAAUGCAGGGGAGGGAGGCGGGUGGGGAAUUAGCCACUGUAGACUUAGCUCGGAAGCCAUAUUGGAUUUGAGUGGUGUGAUGGUCAGGGAGGGAGAGGGAAUGUCACCUGUUGGGGGGGAGGGGGGAAAUGAUUGACUCCUCCUUCCCCAGGAGUCAGGCGAGGACCGUGAAGCAGAGACGUCGCCCCCUCCCCUGUGCUAUUCGUAUCGACAGCCAUCCCCUCCUUCAAUCCACUUCAGUUUUCCCCUGGGCUGGGCCCAACCAAAUGCACCUUAAGGGGCUGGGUGGGGGUGUUAAAAUAAUAAUUUUAAAAAGCUUCACAUCUCCAGGAAUGACGAGGGAGACGAAUGGGAUUGGAACGGGAGUGGGGGAAAUGACACUUUUUGCCUUGUCUGUCUGGUAUCUAUCCAGAACCUCUGGAAAAGUUGGAGUAAUACUCUCCCCUCAUUCUUUAGAGAGCCAGUUUGGUGUAGUGGUUAAGUGUGCGGACUCUUAUCUGGGAGAACCGGGUUUGAUUCCCCACUCCUCCACUUGCACCUGCUGGAAUGGCCUUGGGUCAGCCAUAGCUCUCACAGAACUGUCCUUGAAAGGGCAGCUGCUGGGAGAGCUCUCUCAGCCCCACCUACCUCACAGGGUGUCUGUUGUGGGGAGUGGGGGGGAGGUAAAAGGAGAUUGUGACCUCUCUGAGACUCUGAGAUUCAGAAUAUAGGGCGGGAUAUAAAUCCAGUAUCAUCAUCGUCUUUAUCAUCAUCCUGUGACAAUCCCCCCCCCCCCAAAAAAAAAUGCUUUCCCACUCCCAAGAAUGUUGCAUUAUCACUUUUAAGCAAUAAAUAAAUACUGGAGUGGGGGAGGAUCUUUCUGAUGCAGAGAGAGGGGGCAGUAUCCUAUCUCGUGCUUUGCGGGGAGACCGCCUUAAAGGUUUAAGGAUGGGGGAGGGGUUUCGUUACAGAAAAUGGCUUUAGCGCUCCAUCCGGCGGAGUUCCUUCACCUAGUUCCCUUGUAGCAAUAGUUGAAAAGGCAAUUAUGCUUUUUUUUUUCAGGGGUGAUUUCUUCUUCUCCCCCCCCCCACUGCCAUAGAGAGACUGAGCAGCUACUCCUCUCCCCCCCCCACACACACUCCCAAGACCAAUCAAGCCAACUCCAUCUUCUACCCAAAGCAAUAAACCCCACCCUUCCGACCCACUGGACUAAGAAGGGAGGCUGCAUGGCCUGAAGCCGAGAGCCGUGUACAUAGCAAUAUAUUUUACUGUAUAUUUGUUGCAGGAAACUAAAUCUACCCCAUUUCCGGCUCGCUUUCCCUCCCCACGGGUGGGGCUGCAGCCUCCCUGGCUCUGCCCUGGGGGGAAGUUAGGAGAAGUUGGAGAUUUUUUUUUUAAAUUAAAUUAUGUGUGUGUACAUAUUAUAAAUACCUCUGAUUUGUGUGUAGGCGCCUGCACAUACACAUACAUAGAGAGCUCUAUUACUGAACAAAUUAAAGAGGCUACCGUAGCCUAAUAAAGACUCA